AUGCGUCUUGGUGGAAAGAAUAAUCAUGCUGAAUACAGAUUCGCACAUAUGACAAGUAUUACUGUGGAAACUCGCCACCGUAUGUUCGUUAUUGAUCUCAUAGAUGCCGAAUUCGAGGACGAUCAUUCAGUUGCGCAUACGUCUUAUAUGCGUGCAGCUGAUGCUGUGAUUCUGCUCUACUCUUGCUCGGAUUCUGCCAGUCUUCUCGCAGCGAUGUCAAUUCAUCGUCAGUUGGCUGCCGUUAGCGAGAGCCGGGUAAAAGUUUUCACAUUAGUUAGUAAUUGA